AUGAUCUUUAGACAGCAGUCAACUACGCACAUUUGUCUCCGAGCACGGAGCCAUGACAGCGGGGUUCUCCGGCCAAUUGCUGCUGUAUCAAACAACGUGGUAGUCGCUGUUCCAGCCAGCCUGCGAUGUCACUGCAAUGGCAAGGGCCUUUCUCUGAUGGUAUAUAUACAACAUUAUAGUAUGCUUUUAUAUUUUUAAUAAACCCUCGCUUACGCUAUCAAGUAUACGUGCUAGUGAGUUUGAAAUACGCGUACAUUGUGGUAGAUUGCUAGCCUUCAAACGGCUGGUAUUUCUCCGCUAUAAUAGAAGUAUAACCGGGACAUCAAUAUAGAUAGUGGUACAUUGUCGCUAGCCUAAAGGCAUAACCCACUUAUAGGUAAAAUAUCACACCAAAGAGCGACAGUUCUAACGAAGGCUUUCGCUUGCAGGGUUCAACCUUUUGUAUAAGCACAUAUAUGAAUUACUUUUAAGUGAAGUAACAGGAUUUUUCGAGCAAACUUAAGCUUGUUCAAUUUUUGAACGAAACUUAUUUACUCUUGCAACAUCCGAAACUGUAUUUUGUUCAAAGGAACCUUGCCUUGGAAAUUGUUGUAGUGUUAUUAGUAUUCAUAUCAAUGUUUUGUGAUUAGGAAUUGCAUGAAUGGUUAAUAUAUAUGUCAACUGAAAUGGUCUUGACACGGACCGUAGUAUAUUUGUCGGUAACAGCUUAGUUGUGGAGUGUACAAUUUUGUACGAAAAGUUCAGCACGUAAAACAAAUUAUAAUUUUGCGCAUAUGUUACGUCGCUAUUUUAUGUUGUUAUUUAUUGAAACCGAAGGUCGAAGGCCGAUUUUUUACUUCGAUUUCGCAUAGCUUAUUCUCAGAAAAAUCUGGUAUGGUGGCCCAUAAGAAUAAAAAUAAUACGAUAUAUAGCAUAUACUAUAUAAUAUACUUAUUUUGUACCUGGGAGUCUUGUAUUAUUGUCUCGAAUAUACCUUACAAUUUCGUAUUUGGAUGAGCGCGCACGCUAAAUUAAUUUACUGCAAUGCAAAUUUGACACUAGAGCAACAAAUCUGUGACCCAUCACUAGCAAAUUGAGUUUACGAGUUUGCGGUAAAGACUAAACUAUGUCAGUUCAUAAUGUAAUUUUUUUCCUCAGUUUAAACAGUUUAAAAGUCUAAUACGCGGCUGUAUAAACUUCCUGAGUUCCCUAGACUAGACGGCGGAUAGCGUAUUUUUAUAUGCACGCCUUAUUUUUUUAAAUUACUUAUAACGAAUGGGUUUAUACUUUAGUGGAUAAGUGGCGAAGUGGCUAGCGCCAUUGCCGCUCUAUAAUCAAGUUUAAGUGUCUUGGCCACAAAUAAACCAGUCUGAAAAGUUUACAAAUUAAAUUAUUGUAUAAUCUGUGGUCGUCAUGCACUGUCUUCAAACUGCACGCAUUCAUCUUCUAAGAUUAAGGUUUAGCAUUGCUAAGAUGUGUUCGAAAAUAGAGAAGUAUCGUUGAAUCACUGGCAAUGAAGAAUCUCGGAUGAGCCAUACAUAUAUGAUCAUUAUAUACAGAUACAGUCAGUGAAAAAUCUGUGCGUUUCAUAUCGUUGCUGGCUAAUUAAUGUCUAAUAUGAUAUUCAACAGUCAAUUUCAUCGAGCCUUUGGCUUUGAAAUACACAAACAAGCAUGGAAAGUAUACAUUCAGUUUCGUGGCUAUAUUCUCGCAUUUCUCUCAAGUAUAGACACACAAAAGUCUAGAAUUCUUAGUCCAGAAUUCACUCGAAAGUCCAGAAGACCUACAAUUCAUUAGUGCUAUAGUUAUUUGAGCAAGAAUCUAUGCCAGAGUACAGAUGUAUAUUGUAAGAUCCCCUAUAAUAUGCAGCGAAUGGACCUUUCGAUGUUUGAAGUCAACGAGAAUCUUACAAUGAAGCUGAGGAACCCGUGUUUCAGGACACCUAUACACAUAGCCAACCGUUUGAAGUAGCUAGAAUAUAUAUAAUAUAUAUACAGAUAACUAUAACCGUGAUGUGAGCUAUUAAACUAGCGAGAAUCAACUAGAAAGGAAUUGCAUUUAAGACUUCCACCUACGCUGGCUAAAAAAAAGAAGUUCACUAAAAGAAGUAGAAUUCCACUGUAGCCGAAAAGGCUAAGACAGUUAUUGAACCGAGAAAUUACCAUAGAACAUUCGUACAAGUCCAUUAACAAAUAGAAUCAUCCGUUUGAAGCCUAAGGAGACAGCAAAAUUUACCACAAUAACGAACGGUUUUUGAAGCCUUCCAGUUUCACCCACACUGUACGAAUUGUAGUGUUUGUAGAAUUCUAUUAAAUGUAGGAAAAGAGUUUAAACUAAGCUUGGAAUUACCACAGAUCUUCCGGGAUCAUACACUCUGUGUACCCUAUAAGGAUCAACUGUUUGAAGUUGACUCGAACGGUUUGAGCCAUAACUCCAGAUUGAACCACCUGAAAAAAAACAAGCAAAACUUCGACGUUUUGAGCCAAGCGAACUUUUCAGGUACUAGUUGAAUGUCUCUUAAUCCGAAGCAUUCUGUUGUUUGAAGUUGAGGCUAGUACAAAAUCUGCCAAUUAACCUGUAAAUGAAGAGCUUUACAACUACACUCAAAAUAACUUGUUAGUCGAAUUAUGUGCAUGCACUAUAUAGGAAGACGAUUAGGUUCUCAGACGUGAUCGGAUGGCUUCACACAGACAUGCUAUUAACUAUUUCCUUCCGUCUAUUUUGCUCCUGUAGGAUCGUUCCUUUUGUGAAGCCGGUACUGCAAAUAUCGCUGCACCUACAUCCACCGUACACAAAUCAACACCACUGGCGAUGCUCGCAGCAACUUGUAGCAAAAUCGGCCAGCAAAGUCCGCCACCAUUGGCAGAGAUUACAGUAGGAAAGAGAUUUCAUCCCUGGAAGACGGACAGCAGCUCUCCGGCGACUAUGGUGUCUGUCGGCGGAAUACCUAAAGAACCGAUGAUGUUUUCGCCAAAUACCUAUACACCGUGCCCACGAACAUUGAGUCACAGACCGGACCUGUGUAGGGCUGGUUAUAGCCUGAACGGGAUUCGUUUAGGGCUAACCGAGAACUAUAAUACUUCACCAGUAGCGAGGAUCCAUGCAUCACCUGACAUGCUGUGUAAUUUACGGUCACCUCAUCAAUGCUCACAUGAAGAGAGCACAUCACCCAAGAUUCCGACACGAUUCGAAGUCCAACAAUCUGGUGGUACAUUCUGGGAUGUUCACGGGGCAGCCUCGAAUUGGCUCGAGCCUCUAUCGCCUACAAACCCACAUCAUAGACUAUCCCAACUGCCAGGCUAUCCCGAGUACCAAUCACCACGGAAUUUACUAACCAGAAACCCUAUGUCUGGUCAGGGUAAUACCUUAUACCCCUCACCCGGUAUGCCCACACCAUUCUCAAGCGAAUCUCAUAAAUCGAGCUUGCCCAUAUACAUCGAUCCACCGACUUAUAUUACUCCAAACCCAGCAAUUAUUCAAGCCAGUCAAGUGAUGGCUAAUCAGAGGUCUACAAGACGGUACACAGGACGAGCGACUUGUGAUUGCCCUAACUGUCAGGAGAAUGAACGCUUAGGAGCGUUGGGCGCUCCUUUUAAGAAGAAGACGCAGCACAGCUGUCAUAUUCCCGGCUGUGGGAAAGUCUACGGUAAAACCUCGCAUCUCAAGGCACAUUUACGCUGGCACACGGGCGAGAGGCCUUUUGUUUGCAAUUGGCUGUUUUGUGGAAAGCGUUUCACGAGAUCUGACGAACUUCAAAGGCACUUACGAACACAUACAGGCGAGAAAAGAUUCGCCUGUCCUGUCUGUUCCAAGCGUUUUAUGCGGAGUGAUCACUUGUCGAAACAUGUCAAGACCCACAGUGGUGGGAAAAAGACUAAUACGGAUAAAAGUCGCGAGGAUGGCGAAGGAUUGGGCAGCGAACAGACAGCCGAGGAUAGUGCACAAGAGAACGACGAGCCUACGAACAACAUUACUGAAUGAUAGCGUGAGUGUCUAUAAAAACACGUCCAAAUAUUUAUCCGUUUCGAUAUGUGUUGCAAGACAGGCGGUAGUUUACUUCAAGAACGUUGAGUUAUCUAGACAACGACAUAAAACGAAUUAACAUUAUUUUCUCACUCUGUUUAUACGGCUGGUGAAAUUCACUUUAUAUUUCGCGCUGGUUCACCAAAACUCGUAAAGAAAACUCGACUUAGCAAAGUACGGUAGGAAAAUAAAUUUCAUGUAUAUUUAUUUGUAAAUUGUUGUAAAUUAAACGUAUCUGGGAUAGAUCUCUCUGAUUUGUUUUCCA